AUGGCACCCAAAUCCAACACACACCAAACCACAAACACCCAAACCCAAGCCCCUUCGACUCAACAAACCCUCCACCUCCUCUGGUCCUCGUACACCAACCAAACCCCCACUCGCCUCAAAUUCAUCGAUAGCUUCCUUGUUUUUCUCAUGUUGGGUGGAGUACUACAAUUCCUUUAUUGCAUUCUCGUUACGGAUUUCCCGUUUAACGCGUUUUUGGCUGGGUUUGGAAGUACUGUUGGACAAUUCGUUUUAGCUGCGUCGUUGAGGGCGCAGGUGAAUCCGGAGAAUAGGUUUAGAGGCGAGUUUAAGGAUGUUUCCCCGGAGAGGGCCUUUGCGGAUUUUGCAUUCGGAUCGAUAGUGUUACAUUUCUUUGUGUUCAACUUUUUGGGAUGA